AUGCCCCGCCCAACCCUCAAAACCCCGCUCUGCGAGCUCCUCAAGAUCGAAUACCCCAUCAUCCUCGCCGGCAUGGCACGAACGUCCUCGGGGCCCCUCGCAGCCGCCGUCUCCAACGCCGGAGGCCUAGGCGUCAUCGGCGGACUGGGCUACACGCCGGACCAAAUGCGCGCCAUCAUCGCCGAGAUCAAGUCGAACCUGCGCGACAAGAGCCUGCCGUUCGGCGUGGAUCUCGCGCUGCCCCAGGUCGGGGGGAGCGCGAGGAAGACGAAUCACGAUUACACGCACGGACAGCUGGACGAGCUGAUCUCGGUGGUCAUCGAGGAGAAAGCGAGUCUGUUCGUCAGUGCGGUGGGCGUGCCGCCGCCGCAUGUGAUUAAACGGUUGCAUGAGGCGGGGAUUUUGAUCAUGAAUAUGGUGGGACAUCCGAAGCAUGCGCAUAAGGCUUUGAAGGCGGGCGUGGAUAUUGUGUGUGCGCAGGGAGGGGAGGGAGGUGGACACACGGGGGAUGUGGCGACGAGUAUUUUGAUUCCGUCGGUGGUGGAUGUUGCGAGGCAGUAUACGAGUCCUUUGACUGGAAAGCCGGCGAUGGUUGUGGCUGCGGGUGGAGUGUAUAAUGGGAGGAGUUUGGCGGCGAUGUUGUCGUAUGGUGCUCAGGGUGCUUGGGUGGGGACGAGAUUUGUUGCGUCUGAGGAGGCGGGAUGCAGCAGGUUGCAUAAGGAGGCUGUUGUCAGUGCGGCUUUUGAGGAUACGUUGAGGACUCUGGUUGUGUCAGGCCGACCGCUGAGAGUGAGGAUGAACGAUUAUAUCAAGUCUUGGGAAGUGGACAGACCUGAAGAGGUGAAGAAGCUGUGUGACCAGGGAAUUGUGCCAUUGGCUCAUGAUAUGGACAACGAUAAGGAGGUCGACAUUCCUUUCUUGAUGGGACAGGUUGCUGGCGCCAUCACGAAGAUUCAGCCCGCCAAGGAGAUCUUGGAGGAGAUGGUGACGGAAUGUGUGGAUGUUCUGAAAGCGCAGCAGGGCUAUUUGGGUAGCAGCGUCAGUAGCAAGCUCUAA